AGAUCGGAAGUGCGGAUUAGGUUGGCUGUGGUAACUCGCCGGCGUUCAGGCCUGGAUAGUUGUCAAAAGUUCGUCGUAGAAUAAAACGGAAGUCGAGGCUUUCAUGAGGCAGCGCUCGGGGCAGCUGUCUGGGCGGGGCGGGGCCUGUGUGUGCUGAUGCAUAAUAUCUAAAUAAUAAUAAAUUCUAAAAAUCUCGGCGGGGCGGGGCCACUCGUCAGUUCUACAAAUCUAUCAGAACAGUUACUGCUUCUCACUGAACGUAGCUACAUGCGGUCCCACAUCCAGUGCAAAAUAUACCAUUGAAAUAAAUAAGGGUAGAGCGGUCUAUUUGUGACCUGACGUAAAAGUGGAUACCGGAAGUGAUUCUCCACAGUCUAUUUUGUUACCGUUGCGGGACUACAGGCGCUUUCUGAUGACGGCGUAGAGUGACGGAUUGCUGAGCGUAUGGUGCACGUAUUGUGGGACUGGAAGAGAGAAAUUAGGUGUAGGAAAAGGAGAAGGCCAAAGGCUGUUGCCAGAGGUGCAGAAGAAGCAGGAAUCUAAACUGGAAAGGAGGAGAUUCUGACGCAAGUGAAGGCGGCGGCUCGUGUUUGGAUUGAUCCACCAUGUCUUUAGCAGAUGAGCUUCUGGCUGACCUUGAAGAGGCAGCUGAGGAAGAGGAAGGAAGCUUUGCAGAUGAGGAGGAUGAGCCUGCCAUUGAGGAUGUCCAAGAGGAGAUGCAAAUGGAUCUGGCAACUGAUUCAGUCAAGAGUAUUGCCAAGCUUUGGGACAGCAAGAUGUUUGCUGAAAUCAUGGUAAAGAUUGAGGAAUACAUCAGCAAACAGCCCAAAGCAUCAGAAGUUCUAGGCCCAGUUGAGGCUGCUCCUGAAUAUAGAGUCAUUGUGGAUGCCAACAAUCUUACAGUGGAGAUUGAGAAUGAGUUGAACAUUAUUCACAAAUUUAUCCGGGAUAAAUACUCUAAGCGAUUCCCAGAACUGGAAUCCCUUGUUCCUAAUGCUUUGGAUUAUAUCCGAACUGUCAAGGAACUGGGCAACAGCUUGGAUAAAUGCAAGAACAAUGAAAACCUUCAACAGAUCCUCACCAAUGCUACCAUUAUGGUGGUUAGUGUCACAGCAUCCACUACCCAAGGGCAACAGUUAACAGAAGAAGAACUGGAGCGCAUUGAGGAGGCCUGUGACAUGGCCCUGGAGCUGAAUCAGUCCAAGCAUCGCAUCUAUGAGUAUGUGGAAUCCCGCAUGUCCUUCAUUGCGCCCAACCUGUCCAUCAUUGUGGGGGCCUCCACUGCUGCAAAAAUUAUGGGUAUCGCUGGUGGCCUGACAAACCUCUCCAAGAUGCCCGCCUGUAACAUCAUGCUUCUGGGAGCCCAAAGGAAGACCCUCUCUGGAUUUUCCAGCACUUCUGUCCUCCCUCAUACUGGCUACAUCUACCAUAGUGACAUUGUACAGUCGUUGCCUCCAGAUUUGCGGAGGAAGGCUGCUCGCUUGGUGGCUGCAAAAUGCACACUGGCGGCACGUGUGGACAGCUUUCACGAAAGCCCAGAGGGGAAGGUUGGUUAUGACCUCAAGGAGGAGAUUGAAAGAAAAUUUGACAAGUGGCAGGAACCCCCUCCUGUUAAACAAGUGAAACCACUUCCUGCACCUUUGGAUGGACAAAGGAAGAAGCGUGGAGGCCGAAGGUAUCGUAAGAUGAAAGAGCGUCUGGGCUUGACAGAAAUACGUAAGCAGGCAAACCGGAUGAGCUUUGGAGAAAUUGAAGAAGAUGCUUACCAGGAAGACCUUGGGUUUAGCCUGGGCCACCUGGGCAAAUCAGGCAGUGGCCGUGUCCGACAGACACAAGUCAAUGAAGCUACAAAGGCGCGGAUCUCAAAGACUUUGCAGCGUACACUCCAAAAGCAGAGUAUGGUGUAUGGAGGGAAGUCGACCAUCCGGGACCGCUCCUCGGGUACUGCCUCCAGUGUGGCCUUCACUCCACUGCAGGGUUUGGAGAUCGUGAACCCACAAGCAGCUGAAAAGAAAGUCGCUGAAGCCAACCAAAAGUAUUUCUCCAGCAUGGCUGAGUUCUUAAAGGUGAAGAGUGAGAAGAGUGGAAUCAUGUCGACCUCCUAAUCUUCUCUUCCUCCUGGCAUGGAUGCUGCUUCUCUUAAUUUGCAUAAAACAGAUUCAGGUGGAAGGGUUCUGUAUGCAGGAGGCGGGCCUUUCCUCAUGGACUGACAAAGACUGGGGAGUUCUGAAGAAACGGGUGUCACCUCAGGAUAUCAUGGGCCAAGUCCUCUUCAUUAUUUUUUUUCUUUUUUCACCAAAAGAAUCUCUGUAGAGAACUUCCUGCUCUUGUUGCAGCUGUCUGUUGCGUAAUAGAGAGCAUAGCCCCAGGUCUCAUUCCCAAUCAGGUUGAUACAGUGUGAGCUUUUUUUUUUUUUUAAGAGGCUUGGAAGGGCUAACUUAAGGUAGCAGCUGAGAAAUGAUUAUACCCUCUGUCACUUUUGAUCCUCCUAUGUUAGACUUCCACUGGGGGAAUCUAGAAUUUUCCUUUUCUUGAAAACAUUUCUAUAUCCUGGAGGAUGAGGCCUGUGUCAGAGGAAAUAAAUUGAACAAGAUGACUCUGGAGUGAUGUUUAAUCCCUUUGCUUGUUCAGUUGGGAGCCUCCAGCAAUUGCUCCUUCACCUACUCCUGCCACUUGCUGCCAAAAGGAAUCUUCUGAUUGGUGUUGAAUAUACAUCUCCAUGUAGAAGUAGCUUUGUUUGCCCUGCAUUUGGAGGGGAGGUGGGAACCCUGCUGGGACUUGGCAGAUUAUGAUGAGUUACUGCAUUGAAUAAGGACACCAAACUAGUGAAGUAACUUGUAUAGAGAAAUCUGAACAGCACUGAAUUGUUCCAGAUAGCCCCAUAUGCAUACAGAUAUACACAGGGUCCCCUCAAAUAUGCAAGAAUGAAUAGCUCUUCAGUAGAUCAGAAGUGGUGCGGAAGAAUUGGAAGAUAACUGAAUUGUGGCUCUCCCUGUACAAUGCCUAAGCAAGAGACCACAUUUUCAUAGUGUUUUACCUGGUAUUGUGGAUGGGGAGAGAACAGAUGCUACAAACUGUGGUUACCUGUUUUUUACAAGGAGGAUGUCUGGCCUAAAAAAAUUGCUUUCUAUUUAGAUUUGUAUAGUCUAAGUUCAGGGACUCCUGGCAAGAAAGCAGCAGCUGAGUUUGUAGAGUGUAUUUAAACAGCUGUAACAUCAAAUUUUAUUUGUCUCAAUGUGUGAAUUUUUUUAAAAAAGAAAAAUAGAAAUAGAACUCCAUUUGAACCUG